CUUAAAUCUGUAAUGGCGGAAAUAUAUGGGACAAUAACAUCUUUCUGUAUAGAAUUAACUCUUUAUUUUCUAUAGCAGGUACAUUUUUUCGUGUGCAAACGAUAAAAUCAAAUUCGCAAAACGGAUAAUUCGAGCGAAUAUUCAACUGCAAGAACGGAGAUAAAAGUGCAUUUAAGCCAACACAGUGUCUAUGAUGUUAUUUGUAUUUUUUGUGCUGUUAAGUUAAUACGUACGUUAAAAGAAACCGUUAAAAAUAGUACUAAGCGAGCAUUUCCAACACGAGCUACCCUGAGGUCUCGUUAUGCUAGAGAGUGGUGCCCCACACACAAGAUAGCUAAUGGCGAAUUUGAACUUUUCGAGAAACAUUGGAGGCAACAGCCUCGGCCGGACGAGUAUGAGUUUUGGAGGUAAUUCCAUGUCCGGGCACGUUACACCUGUGUUCGGGCAACGGGGGCCUUCGGAUAGAAGAGGAAUACCCAGUAUAGGAAACAACAGCCAAAUGGGCAACAUGAGCGCCCUGGGCGGCUACGGCACGAUACACACCGUUUUCGGAUCGGGGGACACCAACACGCCCCCGCUGCUCGAUCUCAACGAAUUCCCUUCGCUGACGAACCGAAACGCCGGCGAUAACGUACCCCAGCCGAGCCCUAUGCCCGGUACCAAACCGUACGUGGGGAUGGUAAAGCAGCCGACGCUGGAGUCCAGCGAAUUCACCAUGUCUUCAGAGGAUUUUCCCGCGCUGCCUGGUACUCAGAAUCGGGAAGGAGCGUCGCCAGGCAGUAAUGUAUCGGGGGAUAAGGGAAACGGAGGCGCCGGAGAUGGUGGUAGCGAAAACAGAUCAUCCGAGAGUAAAAAUUCUAAAACAGGUGGAAUUCAAACUUUUCCUGAUGGCAAAGUGACGAAUAUACCGGCGAGUAUGGUAAACGACCAAUUCGGAAUCGUCGGUUUGUUAACGUUUAUAAGGGCGGCGGAAACGGACCCAAAUUUAGUGUCCCUCGCGCUCGGUCAAGAUCUCACCGCAUUAGGACUGAAUCUCAACGCGCCAGAUAACCUGUACCCUACAUUUGGAGGUCCGUGGUCGGAGCAACCGUGUCGACCGCAGGACAUCGACUUUCACGUUCCUCCUGAAUACUUAGUCAACAGUGCAAUUAGGGAUAAAUUGGCAUCUGUAAAAUUAAACCGGUAUAAAGACGAUUUGUUAUUUUUUAUGUUCUACAAUAAUAUCGGGGAUGUACUUCAAGUGGCUGCUGCAGGAGAACUUUAUAGUCGAGAGUGGCGUUAUCACAUGGAAGAAAAAGUGUGGAUAACGCAAGUGCCGGGUAUGAGUUUGGUUGAGAAAACAUCAACGUACGAAAGAGGGACGUAUUACUUUUUCGAUGCGCAAAAUUGGCGGAAAGUGGCAAAAGAGUUCCGGCUGGAUUACAGUAAAUUAGAGGGUAGACCCAACAUCCAUCCGGCGUGAAACGGCGCCGCCGUUCGCCCCCACCCCCCUCUCCCCCGAUUAUAAAUAAAUGAAAAGUGUAUACAGCAUGUAACGAAUGCGUUGUUCUAGGAUAAGAAUAAAAAAACAAAAAGAAGAAACAAUAAAACAGGGCGUCUAAUAAACGAGUGUCAAUAAUAAAAAAUGAAUAGUAAUUAGUGAAAAUCGCUCGUUUAUAAGACGGAUGUUUUAAGUAUUACUGAAAGGAUUAAAGUUAUAAUAAUGAUACAGUUUUCAUUUUAUUUGUAAAUUACUUGUACAUUAAUAAAUAAUAUUGAGAAUA